AUGGUUGAGAAUCAAUUCAAGACUAAGAUCAAGGUUUUUCAGAGUGAUGGAGGUGGUGAAUUUACAAGCAAUCUUCUCAAACAACAUCUGUCAGAACAUGGAGUCAUUCACAGGAUCUCAUGUCCUUACACUCCUCAGCAAAAUGGGAUUGCUGAAAGGAAACAUCGACAUCUAGUGGAGCUUGAACCGUCAACACCUCCUCCGGUUUAUCCUUCUCAUGUGUCAAGUCAGACAAUUGUUCAACAAGUGCAUGAUCAGGCCACAAAUCAGUCAGUCGAACAUGACAAUAAUCACAUUCUCAGUGAGAAUGACAGUUCUGCAAAUGAUGAAACAGAUAACUCUGAUUCAGAAGCCGAACAACAAGAAGAGAAACAAGAACAACAAGAGCACCAAGCUAACGACAACAACACGCAUUCCAUGACUACUCGAGCAAAAGCAGGAAUACAUAAACCUAACACUAGGUAUGUUCUCCUCACAUCAAGAUUUGCUCCUGUAGAACCAAAGAAUAUUGCAGAAGCUCUACAACAUCCUGGUUGGAACGAUGCAGCUCACGGUGAGAUUAAUAUCAUUCACAUGUUACACACUUGGGAUUUGGUUGAGCCUACAGAAGAGAUGAAGGGAUGCAAUGCAGAGUCUAUUCAGUUAGAGUUCUACUCUACAUGUUACGAUUUGAUAUGA